ACAAAAGCCUGCAUAUUCUUGUUUCCUUACGGAUCCCUCUGCUCUCGACUCUUCUUUCGAAGAAGCAUUCUUAGAGUGAUUCCUGAACCCCAAUUUGCUUGGAGAAUUUCGCACACGCUGUGCUUCUCGUCGUCAAAAUACUUCUGAGACUGGCAUUUCUUACUAUUUGGAGCAACGGGCAUCGAUCAAGAUGGCUGACCCUAAGUCUGACUGAGACGAAGGUACUAGGAUGUCUAUGAUUAUCGAAGGUCUAGAGGAAGAAAGACGCAAGUUUGUUGACGCCCGUAAUCCGAGAGACCUAAACAAAUUACGUGAAGCUAUCUCUCGUGCUGAUUCGUAUACUAUUAAUAAUUCUACAUUGAGCCUGCAAAACGUUUUUUGCGAGCUCAAGGAUUCCAUUUUAUCGAUCUUGGACAAAAAGUCUUCUCCUGUAUCUCAACGUCGGAUACAUUUUGAGGCUUCCUUUGUCUCUUAACUCUAACUGACUGACUUCCGACUCGACUUAUAUCACUUCUGGCUUUUACUUCUCACUCUUCCAUGACUCUCUCUGGUUUCCUUUUCUGUCCCAGAGGAUGGUUUUACUGUUAACGUACUUGACUCCCCUCCACUCAAGACCUUGGCAAUUUCUCUAUGUUUACCCCUUCCACUACUACUGUUCACUAUCCGGCAUAAAUGUCAAGAUAAACAUCUCCGGCAAUUCUGUUAUGUCUUCUCAUGCCGCUGCUAUGAUACCCUUGGUCACUCCUCCUAAAUACUCUGGCUCUGCCACUGAAGAUCCUACGGCC